ACACACACAGUUUUUCUGGACUGCAAAACUGGCAGCCUGGGAACCAAAUCCAGGUCUGCGUUGGUGCAACUCUGCAGUCUAGAGCUGUGGAGCAUCGUGACAAGGAAAACUACACUUCCCACAACGCCUUGCGCCUCCUGUUCGCUGCGGUUGCUUGUGGCCAAUCGGAAGAGGUAGCUGUGGCGGGGGCCGAGGAGGGACAUUUUAAAAGGGCCGGAGGUUGCGGGCGUCAGUGGCCAUGGCGGAUACAGCGACUACAGCAUCGGCGGCAGCGGCAAGUGCCGCUAGCACCUCGAGCGAUGCACCUCCUUUCCAGCUGGGCAAACCCCGCUUCCAGCAGACCUCCUUCUAUGGCCGCUUCAGGCACUUCUUGGAUAUAAUCGACCCUCGCACCCUCUUCGUCACUGAGAGACGUCUCAGAGAGGCUGUACAGCUGCUGGAGGACUAUAAGCACGGGACCCUGCACCCAGGGGUCACCAAUGAACAGCUGUGGAGCGCACAGAAAAUCAAGCAGGCUAUUCUACACCCGGAUACCAAUGAGAAGAUCUUCAUGCCCUUUAGAAUGUCAGGUUACAUUCCUUUUGGGACGCCGAUUGUGGUCGGUCUUCUUUUGCCCAACCAGACACUGGCAUCCACUGUCUUCUGGCAGUGGCUGAACCAGAGCCACAACGCUUGUGUCAACUAUGCAAACCGCAAUGCUACCAAGCCUUCACCCGUAUCCAAGUUCAUCCAGGGCUACCUAGGAGCUGUCAUCAGUGCCGUCUCCAUUGCUGUGGGCCUUAAUGUCCUGGUUCAGAAAGCCAACAAGUUCACCCCAGCCACCCGCCUUCUCGUCCAGAGAUUUGUGCCGUUCCCUGCCGUAGCCAGCGCCAAUAUCUGUAAUGUGGUCCUGAUGCGGUACGGGGAACUGGAAGAAGGGAUCGAUGUCCUGGAUGGUGAUGGCAACCUCGUGGGCUCCUCCAAGAUCGCAGCCAGACACGCUCUGCUGGAGACGGCGCUGACGCGAGUGAUCCUCCCCAUGCCCAUCCUGGUGCUCCCUCCAAUCGUCAUGUCCAUGCUGGAGAAGACGGCUCUCCUGCAGGCGCGCCCCCGGCUGCUCCUCCCUGUGCAAAGUCUCGUGUGCCUGGCAGCCUUCGGCCUGGCCCUGCCUCUGGCCAUCAGCCUCUUCCCACAGAUGUCAGAGAUUGAAACAUCCCAGUUAGAGCCUGAGAUUGCCCGGGCCACCAGCAGCCGGACAGUGGUGUACAACAAGGGGCUGUGAGUGGUGGCCAGCUGGCCUGGGGAUGCACCGCUGUCCGACCGGGCGAGCUGGGGCGGGGAAGGAGUCUCAUGAGCAGCACCUGCAGGGGGUGGGCUACUGACCCCCCAGUCCUGGGCCACCUGGGAGGGUCUCCAUCCACAGUGGUAGGGAGACUAAUCUAUUCACAUGUUAACUAACAUAAGGGAGAGGAAUUCUGACACAUUUCCUAUAAAAAUAAUCAAGUGCAUUUCUGGGCCUUACGUGGGGCUGUUGAAACUCCACUCAGCACAAUUGUGUAUGAAGCUGAAAAAUUGUAGAGUGCCCACAGGGUAGAAUUAGGAUCCUUUUAUACUUUUUUUUUUAAUUUUUUAUCAGAAUCAAGUCUUGGUCGCAGCUGCCCAGGUGCUGCUAGCACAUGGUCUGGUAGUGGGAGUAACAGAGCCCUUCACGCUGCUGGUUUGGUGGCUGGGCUAGUAGAUUUCAGAUAUUACUGUGGCCAAAACCAAUGCCUCCCUGGGUUGGGCAGGGGUGGGGGAAAAAGGGGAGGCCGUCUACACCUGGAAGGAUGAACCAGCCAUGGCCAAGGUCCUCAGGAGGUGGCUCAGGACAUGAAGGGGCACUGGAGGCCUCUGGAAGAUUCCAUGAGCAGCUGGCUCUGAGUGUGGCCGGCCUUCAAGCUCCCUCUGUGCCACACCUGCAGAGCCAAUCCCUCUGCACGAAGCCCGGUGACACACUGGGGCUGGUGUCACUCUUUGUGGAGCCCUGAUGUGCUUGAGGCCCCUGCGACGGCCCCAGCUCCAGGCAGGAAGCCCCAGGAAGGAGUGACGUUUGGCAGGAACCAUGGGCAUGCAGCCUGGCCUUUGCAGGAAGAUCCUCCUUCCCCACACCAGGCUGGAAGCUGGGCGUUAGGGCCGAGCGUGGGGCUGGAGCCAGGCUGACUGCUGUCAGGGAAGCCUCUCCAGCCACUGAGGCUGCCUGCCCCAUCCGCUACUUCCUGAGCAGGAGGGUCUCAUGCCUGAGAGAACAAAGGCCAGAUCGCUAAGCACCUAUCUGAGAAGAAACACCAACCCAGCAACAGCAGGCCCUGGCUCUGGCUGGUCAUGUGACCUUGGACAAGCCCAUUCCCUUCUCUGAGCCUCCACUCCCAGUCUGGAACCAGAGGACUGGAUCGAGGGGUUCCUACCUGCUCUUGCAGCUAGAUCUCGUCUUUGCCUGUCCUGCUCAGAUGCCAGUCAUCCCAGGCACAUCCCAACAAGGACACUGGACUGGGAAAGGGACAGGCCCCUUGGGGCACGGCCAGCAGUUGGCUUCAGAACCUGGACUUUGCUCUUCUGUAUGGGACCCCAUAUCCUGGGAGCACUUGACCUUUGCCAAACACAUUACAGUUCUGAAGGUGGAGGUAGUGUGGAUGCCUGGGCUUGAGUGGGGCGCCUCUCACCCUGUGCUGCCUCUGAGGCCCCUUGCUGCUGGCUGGUGGCCGCUUUCCAUUGAGCCAGGAAAGAGGACUGCUCUGCAGAGGACCUCAGGGCCUGAGGUGGGGGUGAACAGGGUAAAAAGCAAGGGUCUCAACGUACCCCUUACCUGAACCCCUACUAGAAUGAGCCCUGAACACGCAGCCACAAGGCCACCCUUCCCCUGGUGACUCCACCUGGGGUGAGAAGUGGCUGGAGGGGAACGUGUAUGUGCAGGAAAAGGCUGGUGCAGGGCAGCAAGGGCAUGGCCUCAGGUAGCUCUGCCUUAGGGCAGCCUUAGGGUGGUGGAAGUUGUGUUGAGGUAGUGAGGCGUUGGCACCCUACACCCCGCCAGAAGCCCUGGCCACCCUCACUUCCCAACCAGGCCUUGCUGCCUCCAAGCUAGCUCUGCAGGGUGCUGCCAUGAAGCCCCCGCCAUCCCAAGGAGCAGCCCACCCAGUGCCCGCCAGGAAGGGGAGAGGACAGAGACAAGCAUGGAAGACAAAGCAGCAGAGGGAAGGGGUGCCACGGUGCUGGGGGGACAGGUGUGUCGGAGGCGAGUGUGCCGGGGACGAGGGCUCUCUUGCACAGCUCACCUCAGGCCCACCCUGCCCCACUUCUCAUCAGGUCUUAUUCUCGGGCACUUUACCUUGGGACCAAAACUGCCCACCCCGGCUGCACUCCCACCCCCUGCAGAGGCCCGGCAGAGAUGGGAUCUCUCCAGCUCCUGCUCUGCGCUGGCUGCCCUGGCGCAGCCCCACCCCAGGGCCGCCCCAGCCCCAGCCCUGUGGCCUCUGCCUCUCAUAACCUACUUAUUUUGUUCCCGGAUAGUUUCCAGUCGUGCUCCCAAAUUCAGUUUCAGGUGAUUUAGCGGGGCUUCUCCCAGCAGGGGUGGUGAUGGCAAAGGCUGCGUAUAGCUCACGAGUGACAGAGAUCACGAUGGUGACAGAGAUCCAGCGAGCGAGCCGGGCCCUGGCCUGGCUGUGGAAAACACCACGAGGGGAAGCUACUGGCUGGCCUCCAUCCUCUGCUCCGCUGAGGCCAGAAGAAAGGGAGUCCCGUGGGAAGACUGGUCCAUGACUGGGGAGGAGGCCAAGGCCGGGCAGGGCUGGCCCAGUGGUGCUGGAACUCGGGGCAUACCUGCCGCUGCUUCUCCAGCUCUGGUGUGUCUGUCCGGCCCUCCUCUGGUCACGUCAAACAUUCCCGAAGGCUCGGGCUGCCCUUCUCCCAUCUCCAGAGAACAGUCCGAUGGUGCAGGGACCAAGAGCCUGAGAUGUCAAGAUGGCUGCUGAGGGAAAAUGGCCCACAGACCCUUUUCCAUGUCCUGUUGUGGGGUAUGGGGGGGGGGGGGGGGUUGUGUCCUGCGCUGAGCCUUGAGCCUGCCAGAAGGGCGGGGUCCUGAGAGGAGAGGGGCCAGAGGACAGAGGCAUGGUGGCCCUCCAGCCCUGGGCUGUGGGGAGGGAGGCACCGGUGCACACGCCUCGGUCAUACCCAGGUUGCUCUGCAGUGUCUUCUUAACCUUCUCAGAAAGUUUCUCCAUCUCUGUGAUUUAUGUAAUACUAAUGAACUGUGGGCAAUAAAUGAUGGAUUUAAAGCA